AUGGCGUCGGACAGCUCUGACAAGUACGAGGUCCUCGAGAAGAUCGGCCAUGGCUCCUUUGGAAUCAUCCGCAAGGUUCGCAGGAAGGACGACAGCAUGGUCCUCUGCCGCAAGGAGAUCAGCUACCUCAAGAUGUCACAGAAGGAGAGGGAACAGCUCCACGCCGAGUUCACCAUCCUCUCUUCUCUCCGCCACCCGAACAUCGUUGGAUACUACAGCCGGGAGCACCUCAAGACCACCCAGGACCUCCACAUCUACAUGGAGUACUGCGGAAAUGGCGACCUCGGUCGCGUCAUCCGAGACCUGCAGACCAAGAGUCAAUAUGCUGAAGAGGCAUUCGUCUGGAGCAUCUUUUCACAGCUCGUCACGGCCCUCUACCGGUGUCACUACGGCAUCGACCCCCCAGAGGUUGGAAAAGACGUCAUGGGGCUGGGCCCCUCUGCAAAGCCCAAGACGCCACCAGGUGGCAUGACCAUCCUGCACCGAGACCUGAAACCAGAGAACAUCUUUCUCGGCGAAGACAACUCGGUCAAGCUCGGCGACUUCGGACUGUCCAAGGUGUUGACAUCGCAACAGUUCGCGUCGACCUACGUUGGAACGCCGUUCUACAUGUCACCCGAGAUUUGUGCUGCCGAGAACUACACGCUCAAAUCAGACGUCUGGUCAUUGGGAUGCAUCAUCUACGAGCUCUGCACGAAGGAGCCUCCAUUCAACGCCAAGUCACACUACCAGUUGGUCCAAAAGAUCAAGGAGGGAAAGGUCGCACCGCUCCCAGGUGUAUAUUCGGCAGAGCUCAGCGCUGUCAUCAGGGACUGCUUGAAGGUGAACCCAGACCGGAGACCAGACACGGCAGCACUGCUCAACCUGCCGGUCGUGCGCUUGAUGCGGAAGGAGCGGGAGGUGGUUGAGAUGAGCCGCGCACUUCACAAGCGGGAGGCGGCCCUCGCUAAGAAAGAGGAGUCUGUGGACCGACGGGCGCGCGAAAUCGAAAAGAGACUACUUCGGUUGGACUCGGAAAAGAUGACCAUGAGGCAGGAGAUCGACUCGUCCCUGCGGCGGGAGUGGGAGGCGAGAGCCCGCUUGGAGAUUGACCGCCUGGUCAAUCUCGAGAUUGAACAGCUCCAGAGCAAGUACGAGGAGGAGGUGCAGGCCCGUGUGCAGGUCGAGCUGCAACAGCACAAGAAGAUGGUCUCGUUCGCGAACGAGCAGCAGCGGAUGGAGUUCAGCUCAUCAGCAGCGAAGUCCGAGUUCCCUUACUCGUCCAUUGGUGCCAGCAGCAACCAGAGCGGCUUGACUGCGGGAACAGACAUGACAGACUUGUCAGAGAUGGGCCCAGACACACCAAAGGACGAACUGAAGAAGGCGGCAAGAACCCCCUUCGUCCGCGCCGCGACCAUGUAUGCCGGCCCCCUCGGCACGCCGAUGGAUGUGGACAAUCUCUCGCCGUCCCCUUGCGCAAUCGCUUCUCUGUCCCUAUCGCCCCGGCGCAAGAACUCUGGAAAAGGCCCCUUCAUUCACCAGCCUAACAUUUUUGCGAGUGAGGAGUGGCGUAAAGUCCCCGAGAUCCCCGACAACUUCGAGUCUGAGUCGGAGGACGAAUCCGACGACACGCCAGCGUCUCCAUCGCCGACCAGAAAGGUGAAGAAGGUCCAGAGCCUCUCGCGGCCAGCAUUCCCCCACAUGAAGACCGAGCCGUCGGGGAGCCUGCUCAGGAACAAGCCGUCCCUGCCAGCACCCGCCAAGACCACCACUGGUCUGCCGCACAUGAUUUCGAAUCAGGAACUGCGAUCUCCCGGUGCCCUCCGCGAGCGAGACUCGCCAAACCGACAGGUCUCCAAAAUCCCCUCUUUUGCGAACCUGUCCGCGGCGAGCGGUAGCGACUCAUCCACUAGAGGUGGAUUGUCUCGCAAGCAAUCCGUUGUCGGCCAGCAGGGCAGCGGCGGCGGUCUCGUCAGCAAGAUGGGCAACGUCCGCGGCCGGACGCUCGUCGAGCUUUCGCAGGCGCGUGCGGGUGGCAGGGUUCUGAACAGCAACGAGAACCUGAAGCCCGCCCCGAUCUGGGACCCCGAGACUGUGGAUGAAAUGCCCAGUCCCUUCCUGAUCCGCAGCAAGCACAUGCCCAAGCCCAUUCCGGGACUGUGA